AUGCCGUGGACUGUACACAUGCUUGCUGUGUUCGAGAAGCACCCAGUAGAAAGGUUUUACCCUAUUCAAUAUAAUUUGCUACUCACCAACACUGCAAUUACCAAGGUUGGGUUUGCCACCUUCAGUAGAGGUGUUUUGCUCACAAUCCCAUUCACUUUCCUCAUCACACGUCUUCCCUUCUGCAGGGGCAACCUCAUCCACCACACCUACUGUGACCAUAUGUCUGUGGCCAAAUUGUCUUGUGGCAACAUCAAGAUUAAUGUUAUUUAUGGUCUAGUAGUUGCCAUAUCGAUUGCAGGAUUUGAUAUUUUCUGUAUCUGCAUGUCUUACACCAGUAUUAUCCGGACUGUAGUAAAUCUCUCAUCUGCAGAUGCUCGCCACAAAGCCUUCAGCACUUGCACCUCACACAUAUGUGCUAUUGUUAUCACCUAUGUCCCAGCCUUCUUCAACUUCUUCACUCACCGCUUUGGGGGACGCACCAUACCUCACCACGUUCAUAUUGUCAUAGCCAACCUCUACCUGUUGCUGCCUCCCACUUUGAAUCCAAUUGUCUAUGGAAUGAAGACCAAGCAGAUCCGUGAAGGAGUAAUCAAGUUAUUUCUUAGAGAAAAAGAUAUUUUGAGUAUGAGCUAA